CUCAAACGUUAAGACGUUUCUAUUUACUUCUCAAAAGAAAACAAAUCAAAUCGCGAAAUCCAGUUCUCACUAUAAAAUUCGAUUCAUCUUCUUCUUCUUCCACUUUCCAUCGCUCUUUCAAUCGGUAACCUUUUCACCUCUCUCUUCUGUUGUUAAAGAGUGUGGUCAUUUUGGUUCAUAGAACCAUUGUCUGGGGGAAUUGUGGAAGAUAUGGUGGAUGCAAAGUCAUUGGAAGUUAGUUCGUUGAGCAAUGGUCAUGUUGGAGGAGACGUUUUGCAGAAUGUUGGCGUCACGGCUUCUACUAAGUUGCUCAAGUUCAAGCGCCGCAAGGUCUUUGCGAAUAGAGACUUCCCUCCUGGUUGUGGUACCCCUGCCAUGAGGCUUAAGGCCACAAUGCCUGCACCCAACGGGGAUCUUACUGCUGCUGCUGCUGAUGAUCACCCUAGUGUUCCUUCAUCUGAAGCUAACAUGAAUGUUGCUAACGCUGAUGACCGUAGUGUUGCGUCUUCUGAAGCUAAGGUUGAGUCUUCAGCUAAAGAGGAAAGAAAGUCUGAACAGCAUGAUAGGGAGCUUGUGGUAUUUAAACCUCAUGAACCGGAUCCAAAGAAAGAUGAGUCUGAUGAAUUGACGGUGUGUACAAGUGAACGACAUGUUGAUCCGGUGGCGGUUAAGCCGUUGCGGAUCUGCGUGCCAGAUGGAAAUGAUAAGAGUGCGGUUAAGGCAUUGUCGUUGGAACCAAAACGAACUCAUGGUGCGGUUAAAAGAAAGGCAAUUAAAAGUGUUGCGUUUCAUGAACCAUUGAAGGUUGCCAAAAAGAUGAAUAUUACUUAUGGUGAAGGUUCCAAGAUGAAGAAGAAUAACUUGUAUUCACGUGAGAUAGCAAGUCCAGAUAGAGAGCAGCUACCUCGACAGCCUCGAACGUUACAAGUCGGGCUUCCUCCUUCGCGUCCCAGUGGCUCAAGCAGCAGCAGCGGCGGUGAUAGCCGGACCAAAGUCAAGGAAACACUACGUCUUUUCUAUGGAGCUUGUAGGAAGCUUCUGCAGGAGGAAGAAGCAAAGCCUGUGAAACAAAAGAGGUUCAGAGUAGACUGCGAAGCGGCCAAGAUUCUCAAGGAGAAAGGGAAGUAUCUCAACACUGGGAAACAUAUCAUGGGAGCUGUCCCUGGGAUUGAAGUUGGUGAUGAGUUUCAGUACAGGAUGGAGCUGAACAUUCUUGGUAUACAUAAACCGAGUCAAGGAGGUAUAGAUUAUAUGAAGAUCGGUGAUGAAAUAUUUGCAACGAGUAUUGUAGCCUCUGGAGGGUAUGAUGAUGAGCUGGACAACACUGAUGUCUUGACCUAUACGGGUCAAGGCGGAAACGUGAUAAAGAACAAGAAAGGAAAGGAAGUACCGAUGCCUGAAGACCAGAAACUGGUAACGGGGAACCUCGCGUUAGCAAACAGUGUGAACAAGAAGAACCCUGUGCGUGUCAUUAGAGGCAACAAGAAGGCAGUUUUGGAAUCAUCAGGAGAUAAGAAAGGUAAAAGCUAUGUUUACGAUGGAUUAUAUGUUGUGGAAACGUUUUGGCAAGAGACUGGAACACACGGGAAGCUUGUCUUCAAGUUUAAACUUAGGCGCUUACCUGGACAACCCGAGCUUGCGUGGAAAGUGGUUAAGAACUCAAAGAAGGCAGAAGAACGUGUAGGUCUGUGCAGGAUCGACAUCUCAGAAGGACAUGAGAGACUACCCAUUUGCGCUGUGAAUGAGAUUGACGACGAGGAGCCUCCUUCAUUCAUCUACACAGUUAAAAUGAUUUACCCUGACUGGUGCAGACCAAUACCUCCAAAGGGAUGCCGUUGCACAAGACGCUGUACUGAAGCCAAUGACUGCGCUUGCGUGGCGAGAAACGGAGGAGAGAUACCUUACAACUACGAUGGAGCUAUAGUCAGUGCAAAGAAUCUGAUCUACGAAUGUGGCCCGCUCUGCAAAUGCCCUGCUUCUUGCUACCUAAGAGUCACACAGAGAGGGAUCAAGUUCCCGCUUGAGAUUUUCAAAACCGAGUCAAGAGGAUGGGGAGUGAGAUCCCUUAGCUCAAUCCCUUCAGGUAGCUUCAUAUGCGAGUACGUAGGUGAGCUUUUAGAGGACAAAGAAGCUGAAAGAAGAACAGGGAACGACGAGUAUCUCUUUGAUAUUGGAAACAGAUACGACAACUCUAUAGCUGAAGAGAUGUCGAAGCUAAUGCCUGAGACACAGCCAGCCAUGGAAGGAGAUGAUGAGAUGAGCGGAUUCACCAUUGAUGCAGCAAAGAAAGGGAACAUAGGUAGGUUCAUAAACCAUAGCUGCUCACCGAAUCUGUACGCGCAGAACGUGUUGUAUGAUCAUGAAGACACGAGGAUCCCUCACGUGAUGUUCUUCGCGAUGGAUAAUGUACCUCCGCUUCAAGAACUCACGUACCAUUACAAUUACAUGAUCGAUCAGGUACGUGACUGUAAUGGUAAUAUCAAGAAGAAAAAAUGCUACUGUGGUUCUUCUGAUUGUACCGGUAGGCUCUACUGAUGGAACUCGUGUCCAUGUUUAAGUCAGAUUCUUCUGUUCUUAUGUUUAGCUGAAGCAACAGUAUAUGUUACAGUUAGUGUUUUUAUUCAGAUCAUUGUUGUUUAAUGUUCACUGAAUCAGCAGUUUAUAUUACAUAAAAGUUCGAAUC